AUGUCGAACCAACACUCGUAUGACCAGUACGGCACAUCCUAUCAGCAGGCAUCGCAUGAUUCAUACGCCUAUCCCUCUUCCACGCAGACAUCCGAUCCUUAUCACAGCGGCGCACGCACUCAGUAUGGGCCGUAUGACCCUCGCUUUCCCUACGGCCAGUCCAGCACUGCCUCGCACCCGGACGAGUACGCUCACCACCAAGGCGGCCAGGCUUCCCCUGCACACGCGUAUACGCAGCAGUACAACCCUUCUUCAUCCUCAUCCUACUCGGCAGCUCGAUCCGUCCAAGCGAGUACCGAUCAAAUGAGCAGGAUGCAACUUCGGGACGACUCGACUCGAAUCUCGACUCCUGACCAUCAGCCGCAACACUAUGAGACACAGCAGUAUUUCUCAGCCGACUCAGCCUACAGCCAGGCAUCCAGCGAGCGUCUGCAGUACUCGAGACACGGCGCACAUCCCCAAGACUCGCAUCCCUACUCGCACACCUCCACCACGUCGCAAGGCGGGAACGCGUCCAACCAAGGCUCCUACUACCCAGACGGCCAACACGAUCUCCGAUACUAUUCAGCACAGACCACUCCCGCCGUGCCGUCGUAUGGCGCGUCGAGCACACAGCAGUAUGCAACGGAUGAAAAGCGCGAUGCAGCCGGUCGACCCGUCUCCUCUUCCGCCAGCGGCAUCAUCAGCUUGUAUGCGGACGAGCAUGGCACUCCGCUCGUCGAUCAGAGCGCGACCUUCCACUCUUCCUCGACCGGCCACCCGGUGUCGAGUGCCGCUACCUCUGUGAGUGGUGCCUCCGACACCACCAAACCAGCGCAUCCGCCCUCGCAGCGCGCCAGCCGUCCUCUCCCCAUCACUCCCAUGGCCAAGCUACCAGAGCAGCCUCCCUCGAGUACUCUGUCCGGAACCGCAUCGGCUGCUGGUGCUACCACUGAGUCCCAUUCGGGUCCCGUCUCACCUGCUGCUCGUCAUCAUGACGGCAAUUCUGAAUCAUACGGUCAAUAUGGCUACUUCAAUACUGCGUCUCCGCAGCCCACAGCUUGGUCACCGCCGGUCACGCCUUCCACGAGACAGCACAGCACAGCUCCAUCCACAUCUUCGACAGGCUAUCCUGCGCCGUCCUGGAGUCCAGCCUCCAGCAGCUUUCACACUCAACGUCCCCUCCCUUCCACAGCUGCCGCCCUCGACAGGUCCUUUUCGCCGCCUCCGCACGACGGCACGAAUGCUUCGCCGCUCUCCGCCUUCCGAACGCCGUCCUACUCUCAAGGAAAUGCAAGGUCGGCGUGGUCGCAGACGUACCAUCGGGGCGACGCAGUCCAGCGGGCCACGUCGGCAACGCAGGCGCACACGGCCGAUUCGUCGUAUGAUCCAGACUCGUACGAUGCGUCGAGUCCCCACCGAGACGCCAUUCGUCAGCGCACGCGCAGUGAGGCAUCCGAGCUGUCGCUUCGGCCGACCAAAUCGCAUCGUCAGCCACUGCCUCCCAUUCCUGGCGCGAUCCCUUCGACGCAGCAGAACGGCUCGCUCGGCUACGGCUAUCCGUCCAAGACUCCCGUGCAGCAGCAAGCGACGCUGGAUCGCAAUCCGUCACGCGCACCCUCGCAGGCCUCCUUCCAGCGCCAACCGAGCUACACCCAGGCGUCAGUACCUGCUAUGCGGCCUCAACCGCAGCAGAACAUGUCAAGCUAUGAGAAGGACGGCGAGCUCGAGCAGACGCAGAAGUAUGGCCACGACCGAAUCGAUUCGCUGGCUUGGGAACCCGUCAACCAGCCACGCUCCCACGCUGUCAAGCCCAAUCAGCAGACUGCUCGCGGCAAUCCGCCGCAAGCACUCGAAUGGUCCCUCCUCUCCACCGUCGCCCUCCUGCUGCGUGCCAAUGUUCCACGCGGUGUACAGAUCAAAGGCAGCAUUGACUACCCCAACAGCUUCACAGGCAAAGACGUCGUCUCGACCCUGCAAGAGUUGCUCGUCUCGGAUGCUGUUGGGUCCCGUCACGCUCUUGUACGAUCGGGCGACCCAAUCAGCAUCCGUUACGUGGCUCUCUCCCUAGCCAAAUCGCUCAAGAGCCAACUUUUCUUCAACGAGGUGGACUGGGGCGAAAAGGAGCUGACCGACGAUGUGGACGAAGUCUACACUUUCCUCGAGGACAGUCUGGCAGAGAUGGGUGGCGCUUCAGAGGAUCCCGACGACUGGGCUGCGGGUCUCAACCACGAUGCCACGUUUGACUCGAAUCUGCAGCUGUCUGUCGGAGGCGCUGGCAGCCAUGCGGGUCGACGUCGCAAAGCAGCGCAUACGAAUGAUCUCGACGAUCUGCCCAAUGGCGUUUUCACGCCCCUCACACAGUGCUACAGCCCGCUCUGCACUCCAGGUCGAUCCGCUUCGUGCUACAGUCCCUCGUGUCCCAACUCGGACUCCAGCCCCUUGCGCUUGACGGUCACCGAUAUGGAGAGCAAAGCGGCCAAGAUGGGCGGCAUGCUGGAUCGUGGUCUGUCGACGGAUCAGUCGCAGAAGAAAGCGUGGGCAGAGAUCGUGCCUCCCGAGCUGCUCAAGAGCAUUCCACAGGCCGAGAUCGCGCGACAGAACGCGAUUCUCGAGACAAUCCAGAAGGAAGAGGAGUUCCUCGCCGAUCUCGAGCUGCUCGAUACCCUCUUCGUGGAUGGUCUGCAGAGGCCGAGUGCCACUGGUGAUCCUCCACCGCUUCCGAUCGGGCUCGACCGCGACGACUUCAUCCGUGAAGUCUUCUGCAAUCACCGCGAAUUGGCGAUGCACAUUCGAGCCUUGGUCGAGCGCCUGCAUAUUCGCCAGAGGGAGGAGAAUCCCAUCAUCCAGACCAUUGGCGACUUGUUCUUGAGCGCCGCGCUGGACUGGGGCGACGCCUACACGACCUACCUCGUCAACUAUCCACUCGCUAUCAGCAGAGUCAAGCGCGAGAUGACGGUCAAUCCACGCUUCAAAGCCUUCGUCGAGGCCUGCCGACGCCAUCCCGCCGCACACAAACAUCCGCUAGAGAACUUCCUCUUCCGCCCACCUGCACGCCUGCAGCGUUACCAUCUCCACCUGGAGUCGAUCCUCAAGAAGACCGAGGAGGGCAACCACGACCGCGAAAGUCUGCAGAAUGCCAUCGACAUCAUCAACGAUCAGUGCAAGACGGCUCAAGCAGGAGUCGAGUCGGCCGAGCUCAAAGUCAAGAUCCGCGAGUAUGCCUACAACCUCUCGGCCAAACGAACCAAGUACGCCAUCGACAUGGAUCUACUGAAUCCGGCACGCCAACUGAUUCACCAAGGCCGCGUGCUCCGAAAGCCGGAUGCGUUUGACUUUGAUUGGACCGAGCUGCUGGCGAUUCUGUUCGACAACUACUUUAUCGUCACCAAGCAAAAACGCAUCGCCGAGGGCCCCGAAGAUGACGGCUCCAACGUCGCGUCUUCUUCCACCUCAGCAGGAGCUCGCUUUGUGCUCGCCAAACGGCCCAUUCCAGUGGAGAUGAUCGAGGUGAGCGGUCUCACCGAAUCGUCCAUCUCACGAUCCAUCGGUCUCAGCAACUUCCAUAUCAGCAGGGAGCGCGAGGCGCGCGACUUCUGGCCUUUCACCAUCUCGCACCUGGGCGGCAAGAUGGAGCCCAUCACGCUCUACGCGCCCUCCAAAGCCGCAAGAGAUCAGUGGAAGACCAAGCUGGACGAGGCGAUCGGCCUUCGCAUGGCCGUGCAGGACAACAGCAAGGUGUUCAAUCAGCACAUCCUCAGCGACGACAUCUUUGCCCUCGCCCCCACCAUGAGUUUGGAGCCCGAGAAGCCAGUUUCCGGUGUCGAUCCGGGCUCCUUCCAUGGCCGGGUCACCUGUGCUGUUCCGUUCGUGACCGCCGAUGGCAGGCGACUGGUGGCUGUGGGUUGCGCCGACGGCGUCUGGAUUGGACUUCGUAGUGAUCCAAAGUCGCUGCGCAAAGUGUUGCAUCUCAAGUAUGUUACGCAGUGCGCCGUGCUCGAGUCAUUCGGCAUCUUUGUGGUGCUCGCCGACAAGGUGCUCAUCUCGUACAGUCUCGAGGCGUUGGUGCCGACAACUUCGAGCAGUGCAGCGACGCUACGCCCGCCUCAGAAGCUCAGCGGCAACCGCGAUGUGCUCUUCUUCAAUGUCGGCGUGCUCAAGGACCGCACUCUGCUGAUCUACAUGAAGAAGAAGGCCAACGAGAGCGUCUUUCGCGCCCUCGAGCCGGUCCUCAACGCACCUCGCAACACCGAGGGCAAAUCCGGCUCGAGCUUCUUUGGUAAGUUCGGCAAGGACUCGAAGAAUUCGGACUGGUUCCGCAUCUAUAAGACCUUCUUCAUUCCGUCCGAGGCGUACUCGAUUCAGUUCCUCAAGUCCAAGCUGUGCAUCAUCUGCGCCAAGGGCUUCGAGAUCAUGAACCUCGACAGUCUGCUUCCGGGCACGAUCCCCGACUUUGUCCACGCCAACCGCGAGGAUGUCCGGGUGCAGGCGCUGGCUAAGCGCGUCGAGACGGCCAAGCCGCUCGGCAUGAGCAAAACGCCGGACGGCGACUUCCUGCUCUGCUACGAUGCCUUUGCUUGCUUUGUUGAUCGGCUCGGGGAGCCGACGCGAUUGGACCAGAUCAUCGAGUGGGAAGGCUUCCCCAAGCAGGUGGCGUUCUCUGGCAACUACGUGCUUGCAUUCGAUCAGCGCUUCGUCGAGGUGCGCGACGCGAUCACAGGCCAGCUGGUGCAGAUCAUGCGCGGUGUCGACCUCAAUUACGUGUCUGGCAACAGCACCGUCACCUCUUCUCUGUCCGAGAGCGCGCAGAUGGCCGCCCUCGACGCCGAGUCGAACCCGGUCAUCUUUACCAAACGGGAGAGGGUCGCGGGUCGCAUUCCGUUUGAUUACCAGAAGGUGGUCGAAUUGACGCCUACUGGACCGCCCACUUCGCACGUCUAUACGCCAGCUUUCCACAGGACGCCGACGAUGCUAUCGACGGGCAGCAGCUUGAGUGGCCGACCUUCGGGACGACCGUCGAUGGCUAGCUCGGGUAACUGGAUUUGA